AUGGAGUAUAAUAACGAAUACGAGCAGGAACCGACUUACAUCGAAGACGACGACGAUGAGGAGAUCACCCAGGAAGACGCCUGGGCGGUUAUCUCUGCCUAUUUCGAGGAGAAAGGUCUCGUUCGCCAGCAGCUCGAUUCCUUCGAUGAGUUUAUUCAGAACACUAUGCAAGAGAUCGUCGAUGAGUCUGCGGAUAUCGAGAUCCGUCCUGAGUCUCAGCACAAUCCUGGCCAGCAAUCUGAUUUCGCCGAGACAAUCUACAAGAUUAGUUUUGGACAGAUUUAUCUGAGUAAACCCAUGAUGACGGAAUCUGAUGGAGAGACGGCUACCUUGUUCCCCAAGGCUGCAAGGUUGAGAAACCUCACCUACUCUGCUCCUUUGUAUGUCGAUGUUAGUAAGAGAGUUAUAAAGAAAGGGCAUGAUGGUGAGGAAGUUACAGAGACGCAGGAUUUUACCAAAGUUUUCAUUGGGAAGGUUCCCAUCAUGCUCCGGUCUAGUUACUGUACCUUGUUUCAGAACUCUGAGAAAGAUUUGACAGAGCUUGGAGAAUGUCCUUAUGAUCAGGGCGGAUACUUUAUUAUUAAUGGCAGUGAAAAGGUUCUGAUUGCCCAGGAGAAGAUGAGUACGAACCAUGUUUAUGUUUUCAAGAAGCGACAGCCAAAUAAGUAUGCAUAUGUUGCUGAAGUCCGUUCCAUGGCUGAGAACCAAAAUAGGCCUCCCAGCACAAUGUUUGUGCGUAUGCUUGCUCGUGCUAGUGCGAAAGGGGGUUCAUCUGGACAGUAUAUUCGGUGUACUCUACCAUACAUCAAAGCAGAAAUUCCCAUUAUCAUAGUGUUUCGUGCCUUAGGAUUUGUUGCCGAUAAGGACAUAUUGGAACAUAUUUGCUAUGAUUUUGCCGACAAUCAGAUGAUGGAGUUGCUUAGGCCUUCCUUGGAAGAAGCUUUCGUUAUUCAAAAUCAGCUGGUUGCACUCGACUAUAUUGGGAAACGUGGUCAACCCAUGGGCGUGGGUGUAAGCAAGGAAAAGAGGAUAAAGUAUGCAAGAGAUAUCCUUCAGAAAGAAAUGCUUCCUCAUGUAGGAGUUGGGGAGUUUUGUGAGACGAAGAAAGCUUACUAUUUUGGGUAUAUCAUACACCGGCUGCUGCUUUGUGCACUUGGCCGAAGGCCAGAAGAUGAUAGGGAUCAUUAUGGUAACAAAAGGCUGGAUCUUGCUGGUCCUUUACUUGGAGGGCUGUUUAGAAUGCUUUUCAGAAAGCUAACGAGGGAUGUGAGAUCUUAUGUUCAGAAGUGCGUUGACAAUGGAAAAGAAGUCAAUCUUCAAUUUGCCAUUAAGGCAAAAACAAUUACCUCUGGCCUGAAAUAUUCUCUUGCUACUGGGAACUGGGGCCAGGCAAACGCUGCUGGCACAAGAGCUGGAGUUUCUCAGGUUUUAAAUCGGUUAACAUAUGCUUCCACUUUGUCGCAUUUGAGGCGUCUCAAUUCUCCUAUUGGGCGUGAAGGAAAAUUGGCGAAACCAAGACAACUGCACAACUCACAGUGGGGUAUGAUGUGCCCUGCUGAAACACCUGAAGGACAGGCUUGUGGUCUAGUGAAAAAUUUGGCGCUCAUGGUCUACAUUACAGUUGGGUCAGCUGCUUAUCCCAUCUUGGAAUUCUUGGAAGAAUGGGGGACUGAGAAUUUUGAGGAAAUCUCUCCAUCAGUAAUACCCCAAGCCACAAAAAUCUUUGUCAAUGGAAUGUGGGUUGGAGUUCAUCGAGAUCCUGACAUGUUGGUGAAAACUUUGAGACGUUUGAGAAGAAGGGUUGAUGUUAACACUGAAGUUGGCGUUGUUAGAGAUAUUCGUCUGAAAGAGCUCCGGAUUUACACUGAUUAUGGUCGUUGUAGUCGUCCCUUGUUUAUUGUGGAUAACCAGAGGCUGUUAAUAAAGAAGAAAGAUAUCUAUGCUUUGCAACAAAGGGAAAGUGCAGAAGAAGAUGGUUGGCAUCAUCUAGUUGCAAAGGGGUUUAUAGAAUACAUUGACACAGAGGAAGAGGAGACUACUAUGAUAUCCAUGACUAUUAAUGAUCUGGUUCAAGCUAGACUCCGUCCCGAUGAGGCAUAUUCCGAAACUUACACACAUUGUGAGAUUCACCCUUCUUUGAUAUUGGGCGUUUGUGCUUCGAUUAUACCAUUUCCUGACCAUAAUCAGUCGCCCCGUAACACGUAUCAAUCUGCUAUGGGAAAGCAAGCGAUGGGAAUAUAUGUCACCAAUUACCAAUUUCGCAUGGAUACCUUAGCCUAUGUUCUCUAUUACCCUCAAAAGCCUCUGGUCACCACAAGAGCUAUGGAGCAUCUUCACUUUAGGCAACUUCCAGCAGGAAUUAAUGCUAUUGUUGCCAUUUCUUGCUAUUCUGGAUAUAAUCAGGAAGAUUCUGUCAUCAUGAAUCAGUCUUCAAUAGAUCGUGGUUUCUUUAGAUCCUUGUUCUUUCGGUCUUACAGAGAUGAGGAGAAAAAAAUGGGGACGCUAGUCAAAGAAGACUUUGGGCGCCCAGAUAGAGCAAGUACAAUGGGUAUGCGACAUGGUUCAUAUGAGAAGCUGGACGAUGAUGGUCUUGCACCUCCUGGUACCAGAGUUUCAGGUGAAGAUGUAAUCAUUGGGAAAACCACUCCAAUAUCUCAAGACGAGGCUCAAGGUCAAUCAUCGCGAUACACUAGACGUGAUCACAGUAUAAGCUUGCGACAUAGUGAAACCGGAAUGGUUGAUCAGGUGUUAUUGACCACAAAUGCAGAUGGCUUGAGGUUCGUGAAAGUGAGGGUGAGAUCAGUUCGUAUUCCUCAGAUUGGAGACAAAUUUAGUAGUAGACACGGUCAGAAGGGAACCGUUGGCAUGACGUACACACAGGAGGACAUGCCUUGGACAAUUGAAGGCGUCACUCCUGAUAUCAUCGUGAACCCGCAUGCUAUUCCGUCUCGGAUGACAAUUGGUCAGCUUAUCGAGUGCAUCAUGGGAAAAGUGGCAGCUCACAUGGGAAAAGAAGGAGAUGCGACUCCUUUUACAGAUGUCACGGUGGAUAACAUAAGCAAAGCGCUCCAUAAGUGUGGCUACCAAAUGCGUGGAUUCGAGAGAAUGUACAAUGGGCACACGGGUAGACCACUCACAGCUAUGAUAUUCCUUGGACCAACAUACUACCAGAGGUUGAAGCAUAUGGUGGAUGACAAGAUUCACUCGCGUGGACGAGGUCCUGUGCAGAUCUUAACAAGACAACCAGCUGAAGGGCGAUCACGUGACGGUGGUCUGCGAUUUGGAGAAAUGGAGCGUGACUGCAUGAUUGCACAUGGAGCUGCAAACUUCUUGAAAGAGAGGCUGUUUGAUCAGAGCGAUGCGUAUAGGGUGCAUGUGUGUGAAACCUGUGGGCUCAUCGCCAUUGCAAAUCUGAAGAAGAAUUCUUUUGAAUGCAGAGGUUGCAAGAACAAAACAGACAUUGUUCAGGUUCACAUUCCAUAUGCUUGCAAACUGCUGUUUCAAGAGCUUAUGUCAAUGGCGAUUGCACCAAGGAUGCUUACCAAAGGCCUUAAAUCAGCCAAAGGCAGGAAGUGAGAAAACUUUGUUCUCUUUUGCUAGUAUAUCUUUAUAACGAAACCAAACUACGAAUUCUUGUGUCGUUUAUUUGCACUUCUGAAACUAGAAGCUAGAGAGGUAUGCUCUCAUGUUUAAGAAAAUAACGAUACAACUUUUGUCUUUGGACAUUAAUUUGUUCUGCGGGAGUACUUAACAAGCUAAAGUAAAAAAAAAGCUGAAGCUAAUUUGAGAAA